GCUCUAGCGCGGCGGGGCGGACGCUCCCGGCCCGGCCCCGGCCUCGCGGGCGGGCGGCAUCGCGGCCAUGGCCAAGGAGCGGCGGAGGGCCGUCCUGGAGCUGCUGCAGCGGCCGGGGAACGCGCACUGCGCCGACUGCGGCGCCCCGGAUCCUGAUUGGGCCUCCUACACCCUGGGGGUGUUCAUCUGCCUGAGCUGCUCUGGAAUCCACCGGAACAUCCCCCAGGUCAGCAAGGUGAAGUCAGUCCGCCUGGACACCUGGGAGGAGGCCCAAGUGGAGUUCAUGGCCUCCCACGGGAACAAUGCUGCGAGAGCCACGUACGAGUCCAAAGUGCCCUCUUUCUACUACCGGCCCACGGCUUCCGACUGUCAACUCCUGCGGGAGCAGUGGAUCCGGGCCAAGUACGAGCGGCAGGAGUUUACGCGCCCCGAGAAGCAGGAGCCAUACUCUGCAGGAUACCGAGAGGGCUUCCUCUGGAAGCGUGGCCGGGACAACGGGCAGUUUCUAAGCCGGAAGUUUGUGCUGACGGAACGAGAGGGAGCCCUGAAGUAUUUCAACAGGAACGACGCCAAGGAGCCCAAGGCCGUCAUGAAGAUCGAGCAUCUGAAUGCCACCUUCCAGCCAGCCAAGAUCGGCCACCCCCACGGCCUGCAGGUCACCUACCUGAAGGACAACAGCACCCGCAACAUCUUCGUCUACCACGAGGACGGGAAGGAGAUGGUGGACUGGUUCAACGCGCUCCGAGCCGCCCGCUUCCACUACCUGCAGGUGGCCUUCCCGGGCGCCAGCGACGCAGACCUGGUGCCGAAGCUCUCCAGGAACUACCUGAAGGAGGGCUACAUGGAGAAGACCGGGCCCAAGCAAACAGAAGGCUUCCGGAAGCGCUGGUUCACCAUGGAUGACCGCAGGCUCAUGUACUUCAAGGACCCCCUGGACGCCUUCGCCCGAGGGGAGGUCUUCAUCGGCAGCAAGGAGAGCGGCUACACGGUGCUGGACGGGCUCCCGCCGUCCACCCAGGGCCACCACUGGCCACACGGCAUCACCAUCGUCACGCCGGAGCGCAAGUUCCUGCUGGCCUGCGAGACGGAGUCGGAGCAGCGGGCGUGGGUGGAGGCCUUCCGCAAGGUCGUGGACAGGCCCAUGCUGCCCCAGGAGUACGCAGUGGAAGCGCACUUCAAGCAUAAACCCUAGCGGAGACCGUCCUGGUGGCCGAGGGACUGGACUCACUAGACGCGGCCGGCGAGGCGGCGGCCGGAUGCGGGGCUGUGGACGGAGGGCGCGGGCCAGCCCCUGCCCCACCCCGAGGGGCAGCCCGGAUGCGGCCGCGGGGCCUGAGCCUCAGCCACCGGGACCUGUUUCUCUGGAAGCUCACAGCGGGCUGCCCGGCCUGACCUCUGACCCCAUCAUGCUGCUGCCCCGAUCUGUGACACCCCCUCCCACACCCCUCCCCACGGACCCUCCCUCCCUGAGGCCCGGCCCUGCCCCCAGGAGGACUUGCCCCGACAGGAGGCUGGGCCUGGGGACAGAGGGCCAGCCUGCAUGCCUCCCCGCCCACUGCCAUCCUGCCCACGUCCCCCGGCCCCCCAACACGUAUUUAUUGAGCAUCUGCUGUGUGUCAGUCGUGGGGCGCUGGGGCGCCUGCCUGGGUCGGGGGGGAGACGGGAGGGAGACGGGAGGGGGAGCACCUCGAGUGCCCGGCUUGGCACUGACCAGCCACCCACCCUACUAGCCUGACCUUGAGGCCUUUGAACCCUUGGAGGGUGGCGGCCUGAGCUGCCAUGAGGCCAGUAGAGGCCUGGGCCCCACUCACCCCCACCGGCCCCCAGCGUGCUGUGGGCUGGCCAGUAGGUGCAGCCACCGAGCCCCCUCCCCAGGUGGCCUGGCUCUGUCCACUGUGGGCGGGCAUCUGUGAGAACGGCUGGGGGGUGGGGACGGUGCACGGGGUGCGGUCUCCCUAGGAGGCUGCAGUGUGUCACUGCGGGGGAACCGGGCUGCCCCAGCUCUCCCGUCCUGCUCGGCUGAGACGUGUCCGCUGCAGGGGAGCCCUGGACCAGCCCUCGAGGGGACUGGGAGAGGGUCCCCAAGGCGGGGCAUUCUCCCCACCUUGUGUCACAUCCUGGAAUAAAGUGGGCUCUGGCGUGGCCUCA